GCUGCGGGAGGCUCCCGGCGCACGGGCUAUGGCCAGGUGCUGCUUCUACGCGGUGGGGACGCUGUCCCUGCUGCUGCUCGUCUGCAGCGUCACCCUGCUGGUGGCCCGGGUCUUCCAGAAAGCUGUGGACCGAGAGAUUGAGCAGAACACUGUGUUAAAGAAUGGUACUGAGGUCUUUGACGCUUGGGAAAACCCGCCUCCUCCAAUAUAUAUGCAGUUCUAUUUCUUCAAUGUCACCAAUCCAGAUGAAAUCCUCCAAGGCGAAAACCCUCAUGUAGAGCAAGUGGGACCAUACACCUAUAGGGAGUACCGACCUAGAGAGAAUAUUCACUUUUGGGAUAAUGGAACAAAAAUAUCUGCAACCAACCCCAAGAGCUACAUCUUUCAACGGGACCUAUCUGUUGGAGACCCUGAAGUUGACUUGAUCAGGACUUUAAAUAUUCCUGUCAUAACUGCUAUGGAAUGGACCAGAAUCAGUUUGCUAAAAGAGAUCCUGGAAGGACUGCUGAAGACAUACCAGCAGAAACUGUUUGUGAUCCACACUGUUCACGAACUCUUGUGGGGCUACAAGGACGAACUCUUCUCGCUCAUUAGUAUUUUCAAACCGGACGUCCCACAGUACUUUGGCUUAUUCUAUGGGAAAAAUGGAACUAGUGAUGGUGACUACCUUUUUCUAACUGGAGAAGAUAGUUAUCUUAAUUUUACAAAGAUCGUGGAGUGGAAUGGGAGAAGUUCACUUAACUGGUGGUCUUCAGAGAAAUGCAACAUGAUUAAUGGAACUGAUGGGAAUUCCUUUCAUCCUUUAGUAUCCAAAGAGGAAAUCCUUUACAUCUUUGCCUCCGAUUUUUGCAGGUCAGUGUAUCUAACAUUCAGUGACAUUGGAAAUGUGGAAGGAAUCCCUUCCCUUCGGUUUAGCUUACCACCUGAAAUGUUUGCCAAUAACUCUGAUAACACCUGCUUCUGUAUUCCGUCAGGAAACUGUUUGGGUUCAGGUGUCCUGAACGUCAGUGUAUGUAAGAAUGGUGUUCCCAUCUUUCUGUCUUCUCCACACUUCUACCAAGCAGAUGAGAAAUUUAUUUCAGCUGUAAAAGGCAUGAAUCCAAAUAAGGAAGACCAUGAAACGUUCUUGGAUAUCAACCCGAUGACUGGGAUUAUCCUAAGAGGAUCCAAGAGGUUACAGGUCAACGUUCAUGUCCGAAAGAUAGAAGGAUUUGACGAAACUGGAGACAUCAAGAGCUUGGUCUUCCCAGUCAUGUAUCUAAAUGAGAGUGUUCUUAUCGAUCAAGAUUCUGCAACAAAACUCAAGUCCGUAAUAAAUACCACUAUGGUCAUCACCAAUAUCCCCUAUAUCAUCAUGGCUCUGGGAGUAUUCUUGGGUUUGAUCUUUACCUGGAUGGCAUGCAAAGGACAAGGGUCAACAGAAGAGGGCACCUCAGAUGAAAGGGCGCCGCUCAUGAGGACCUGAGGUCUUCCCACCCACUCCAGCUUGGUGAAUGAACUAUGCAAGCGGGCGAAAUUCCAACCACUGCUUCCUUGGGAAAGCAUCUUUGUGUUUAUCCACAAGUCAGUCAAUGAGCGUUUAUUAAGUGCUUACUGUGUGCCAGGCACUGUGCUAAGUGCAGGGGAUUCAGACAUGAGCAAAAAGCAAAGAUGGCCCCAUCCCUCAAGGAGCUUACCUUCUAAUAAUCAGCUAAUUAAUUCAUUUUAUGCACUAUUGAUAUGGGGGAAAAUACGUCAUCUGUGUUCCAGCUGGCUGCUAAAUUGGGUUUUAAAGAACUGACUGACAGUGGCUGGUGAUUAUACUUUCUGAAAUCAUCCAGCCCAUUGCAGAUUGCUUUGUAUUCAUGUUUGUCGUGGGCAUUUAGAAUAAAUACUCUAAGUAUUAAUGAUCUGGGGGUUUUUGGGAUGCCAGAAGCUCUAGAACACGGGUGGGGAACCUGUGGCCUCAAGUUCCCCACCGAAGUUUGGAUUCAGUCAAAGGGCUGCACUUGAGGACCUCCAGGGCCGCAGGUUCCCCACCCCGCCUCUAGAAGUUUCAUAUCGCCUGUUGUGGUUAAAAUGUUUCUGCAUUGUUCAAUAUUGAGACUAACCUUAUUUUUUAAGAUGCCGUGUGUCCAUAAAAACCAGCUUUAGUAAUCACUUCAUCGUCUCAUCUCAAAACCAAUCGUUGUGUAGGACGUGUGUGCGCCCACGGGUGGGGCCUUUGCUCUAAUCGUUGAAGACGUCUCCCUAUACAAACUGUCAUCGUGACCAUUGACACCACAUUUGAGAAUGACUGAAUCAUGGCUGGUCACAUGCCCUUAGACUUGGCUUUUAAAAGGGAGAGCAGAGACAGAGAGGAGAGGAGAGGCCCACCUCCAGACUGGAGUCUAGACUCAAGAUUCCCCAUAAAGAAAAGCCUGCAUGCCUCUGAGGCUCUCCCAGGGAAGCCCAUCGCCCCAGGAGACGAAGGAACCAUGUGGCAGAGGAAUAAGGAUUUCCAAGACAAAUAAGGUAACCCCCCAGACCAAGCUUUCUGGACACUGGAGGACGAUGCUGAGUUCCUGGACUGAGCAGAAGAAUUUGGAACCAAGAAAGAGCUGGAGACAGCUUCCAAGUGGAGAAGCGAAUGUGGGGAACUUCCCUUUUUAUUGGCAUUGUUAGGUUAUUUGAACUCUGCAGAUCUAGGGGAAGGUGUUGAGAGGCAGUAUAAUCUAAUGCACUACACUUAGAGUCCUCCCUCGGAUACUUGGGAGCCUUAUGACUCUGGGCAAGUCAUCUGACCUCUCUGGGCCUCAGUUUGCUCAUCUGUAAAAUGAAAGGGUUGGCUUUGAUAAACUCUAAGUCCCUUCUAAUUCCAAAUCUAUGAGCCUAUGAUCAAUUCUCUAGUAAUUCUUAGUUCUUUCCCUUUGUUGGGGACCCUACCCCAGUUCUUUAGUCAGGAGGGCUAUAGGGUGCCCAGGGUUAUUGCUUGACUCUGAAUACUUUUAUGGGACCACGUGGAGAGCCUCAACCAUAAGACGAUGACAUAAAUCUGUGACACUGUAUAGGUUCUCUGGGGGAAGAGACACUUAGCUAGGGGGAGAAAGGGUCAACUCCUUAAUGACCCCAUUCUCUUCCCUUUUCAGGGACUCUCAACCCUAGGGUAGUCCCCAAGGAGGUAGAGACCCUGAGAGGUGGAAGAAAAAUUAGAAAGAUCAUUUUAACUAUUCACGUACUAAGAUGGGAGUCACUACUGUUUGGCAUUUUUUGCUAGGUUAAAUAAAGUCUCUCUUAUAUUCAGUA